AUGCAUAACGUGGGUGAAUUUGACGAUGUCGAAAAGCUUGGCCAGCAAAUCGGAAUCGUUAAUGUCGCCCUCGACGAUGUAAAUCCCGCUACGCUCGAGGAGGGACUGACGGUCCCGUUUCAGGGCGGGAUCGUAGUAGUCGUUGAAAUUGUCGAGGCCCACGACGCCGUCGCCGCGGCGGCGGAGGGCGGAGGAGACGUGGGUGCCGACGAAACCGGCGGCGCCGGUGACGAGGACGGAGAUCCCGUGUCCGGACCGGAUUCGGGCGGAGUCGCGGACGCGCUUCUCGAAUUCGGGACCGGCGCGCUGGUGCGAAGGGACCUUCUGGAGGGAUCUGAGGGAGAAAAGGAGGAGGAGGAGGAGGAGGAGGACGAUGGCGAUUUGAAGAAGAAGACGAAGAUGAAGCCCAUGAACAGGAAGGACCAGAAAGUGAGCUUGGCUAGGGAUGAUUGUAGCCUGAGCCGAUUGAUAGAGAUUUCAUUCAACGAAUAA